AGGGAAUCCCUGGAGGUUAAAAGCUCACUGAGCUGGGUUACUGUGACAUCACUUUGGUGAUGCUGAAUGUGAGAAUGACUGCAGGAACCAAGGGAUGGAGGGGGGGGAAGGGGGGGUGAUGCUGGAUAAGUGUGGUAACCGCCUCCUCUGGACCACCAAUUCACUCCAUACAGAAAACAUGCAAGAGAUGGAAAGGAGAGGAGGGUAGAAACAAACAAGACAAUCAAUUGUAAUGAAUCGUCUACUGAGUCCACUAGAUGGAGCAAGCUCUAAUUCUCUUAUAUUUUAUUAGUGUUUCAAGGCAGAACAAAAAAAAAAAAGAUUGUCUUGUCUGAAUUCUGUAAUUAGCAGGACAGAAAGCAGCAAGGGGUGAAAACUGUGUGUGGGGACUGCACUACCCCCUCUGCCUGCUGCGAAAUCCUGACAUCUCAAUGAAAGCUGUCAUCUGACAGCUUAGGAUAAAUGCAGAUCAAUCCAGGCAGCCCCAAGGCAAGUGCUAUGUGAUGCCCACCGCAUAUGGACCCUCAUCUACAGAAUGUUAAAACACACAAUGACUUCAUAGAGGAUUUCAUCUCCGUUAAUUAUCCCUUCAUUUUGGACUGAAGACUCUUGGGAAUUGAAAGGAAAUAAUUUUAAUUAUUACUGUCUUCAAAGUGUCACAUUUGUCCUCUCUGUAACUGGAAUCUCUAUGACCAUAAUGACUAACCAAGAAAAAUGGGUCAAUCUUAGCCCUGCAGAAUUUUCUCAGCUUCAAAAGUAUGCAGAAUAUUCAACCAAAAAGGUUAAAGAUGUCUUGGAGGAGUUCCAUGGCAAUGGGGUUCUGGCAAAGUAUAAUCCUGAAGAGAAGCAAGACAUUCUAAAGCAAACAAUUGACUUCGAAGGUUUCCAGCUAUUUAUGAAAACUUUUCUGGAGGCCGAGUUACCAGAUGAUUUCUGCAGACAUCUGUUUAUGUCUUUCAGUAACAGAUUCCAAAAUCCCAGCCCAUCACUCCAGAGUAGAACCCAGCUGCUCUCUGGAGGUCUUAGAAUGAAUUACAGAAGUAAUAGUUCGUCAAGAUCAUCUUCUCCUGUGUCUCUGAGACCUCCAGAAGUAAUUCAGCUUAAAGAUAUUGUUUGCUAUUUAUCUCUACUUGAAAGAGGAAGGCCAGAAGAUAAACUUGAAUUUAUGUUUCGACUCUAUGACACAGAUGGAAACGGAUAUUUGGACAGCACGGAACUAGAAUGUAUCAUCACACAGAUGAUGCACGUUGCUGAAUAUUUAGAAUGGGAUGUCACCGAGUUGUGUCCUAUACUACGGGAGAUGAUGGAAGAAAUCGAUUAUGACCACGAUGGCACUGUGUCACUAGAAGAAUGGAUUCAGGGAGGAAUGACAACAAUCCCAUUACUUGUUUUACUUGGCCUAGAAAACAAUGUGAAGGAUGAUGGUCAGCAUGUGUGGAGGCUGAAGCACUUUAACAAACCUGCCUACUGCAAUCUUUGCUUGAAUAUGCUGAUAGGACUAGGGAAACAAGGAUUAUGUUGCUCAUUCUGCAAGUAUACAGUUCAUGAACGCUGUGUGUCUCGAGCUCCUCCCUCUUGCAUCAAAACCUACGUUAAGUCAAAAAAAGACACAAAUGUAAUGCUUCAUUUCUGGGUGGAAGGGAAUUGCCCAACGAAAUGUGAUAAAUGUCAUAAAGCAAUCAAAUGUUACCAAGGCCUCACUGGACUUCAUUGUGUAUGGUGUCAAAUUACACUUCACAAUAAAUGUGCCUCUCAUCUUAAACCCGAAUGUGACUGUGGACCUCUGAAGGAUCACAUUUUACCUCCCACAGCUAUCUGUCCUGUUGUUCUGGAGAGACAAUCAACCGUGAAGAGGGAGAAGAACUGUUCUCAGCAAGGGAACAAAUCGGGAGAAAGGACAAAAAUGCAGAGAGCAAACUCAGUGACCGUUGAUGGACAAGGUCUACAGAUUACUCCAGUUCCAGGCACUCAUCCACUGCUGGUUUUUGUAAACCCAAAGAGUGGAGGGAAACAAGGUGAACGGAUACACAGAAAAUUUCAGUACCUUUUAAAUCCAAGACAGGUUUAUAGUCUUGCUGGUAUUGGGCCAAUGCCAGGAUUAAAUUUCUUUCGAGAUGUUCCAGAUUUCAAGGUUCUUGCAUGUGGUGGCGAUGGGACAGUCGGAUGGAUUCUAGAUUGCAUUGACAAGGCCAAUCUAACAAAACAACCUCCUGUGGCUAUCCUGCCUCUUGGUACAGGCAAUGAUUUGGCAAGAUGUCUGCAAUGGGGAGGAGGCUAUGAAGGGGAGAAUCUCAUGAAGUUUCUUAAAGAUAUUGAGAAUGCCUCAGUCGUUCAUCUUGACAGAUGGAAAAUUGAAGUUAUUCCAAAUGAUAAAGAUGAAAAAGGAGACCCAGUGCCUUACAGUAUUGUAAACAAUUACUUUUCCAUUGGAGUGGAUGCAUCAAUUGCCCACAGAUUUCACAUGAUGAGAGAAAAACACCCAGAGAAGUUCAACAGCAGAAUGAAGAAUAAGUUUUGGUACUUUGAAUUUGGCACUUCUGAAACAUUUUCGGCAACUUGCAAAAAAUUGCAUGAGGCAAUUGAAAUCGAAUGUGAUGGACUUCUGAUGGACCUUAGCAAUAUUUCUCUGGAGGGCAUUGCUAUCCUGAACAUCCCAAGCAUGCAUGGCGGGUCCAAUCUGUGGGGUGAAACCAAGAAGAGAAGAAGUAAUCGCCGAGCUGGGAAGAAGAAUUCAGACAAGAGGACAACAGUAACAGAUGCAAAAGAGUUAAAAUUUACAGUACAAGAUAUAAGUGACCAGCUAAUGGAAGUGGUUGGACUUGAAGGAGCCAUGGAAAUGGGGCAGAUUUACACAGGUCUUAAGAGUGCUGGGAGACGUCUUGCACAAUGCUCAUCUGUUGUGAUAAGGACCAGCAAGUCACUGCCAAUGCAGAUUGAUGGAGAACCAUGGAUGCAAACUCCAUGUACUAUCAAGAUUACUCACAAGAACCAAGCGCCCAUGCUGCUUGGACCUCCUCCAAAAAAUGGCCUCUUUACGUCUCUCAUCAAAGGAACAAAAAACAGAAACAAGGAAUAAGUGUCUCAAGAUCACAAA